AUGACAAUGCGAUCGUAUUACCUCGCACUUACAGCACUGGCGUCCGGGCUGGCCACUGCCUUACCACAGUCCAGUCGAUACCAAGUCUUCACUAUUAACAAUAAUUUCGAGACCCUCUCGAACGAUGUUCCUCUUGUGGGGACCGUCGGGGCCAUCGGCGUGUACAACCUCCUCGAGUGGAAUUUUCUCGGAGGCGACGCUGCUCUGAAGAGAGAUGUCACGACCAUCACUGGCGUCGAGCCCUACACGCCGCCGAACAUCGCGGGAUAUGGUGUGCGCACCGCGCUGGAAGUAGGCACGGCCUAUAUCUCGUCCAACUAUGAAUCGUCUUCCGUCGAAUACUUCGACUUGUACAUUCCCGGCCAGGCCGAGAGUAUCCGUUAUGGCUGCAACGCCGACACCGACUCUAACGUCGGGAUCCCGGCUAGCUGCGAGAUCACCGCGACUGGUUAUGGCACAGACGGAACCGAGGUGGCGAAACAAACGUUCAGUUUCACGUCCGAGGGCGGUCUUACGCAGCAGAUGUCGCCAGGGGCUUUCUCUCCCGACUUUGUUCGGCUAGGCAAAGUCGAAUUUACGACGUCGUACGGCGAUAUUCUGGGUGACCUCGGCGCAACGAUGCUCGAUAAUGUGUACACUCGAGUGUACCAAAGGUCUUGA